UUACCUCAGUUCAUCGCUUGACGUCGCGGUGGAAGUGUGGUUGUUUUGUGCUUGCUUCUUCCGUGUAUUUUUUCUACCUUCAAGCAUCGAGUGCACAUUUCCUAUCAAUAUUACUCUACUUUUGGCCUCGAAAAAAAUGUUUAUCAGUGUACUCAACUGAAAAGCAGCUUGAGAAAAUCCGUGAAAGAUAGUGUGACUGAUCUGUGCCAAACGCGUUGUAAAUUCUUGGACGACGCUAGUACUGCAUGUAGAAUGAUGCUGCUUUAAGUAACUAAACUAGGUACAUAUUCCUUAAUAUCAUCACAAUGCACACAUCAAAUAGCCUGCAAAAGUGACUUCAAUUAUUCUCCUGAGUAUGUGAUGCUGAUGUGCAAACUAAGUAGCAGUUGAUUGAAAAAAAUCUGCAAUUCCACUUCGCUGCUGUAUCAUUGCCUAGGGCAUAUGUUUGCAGAGUUUGAAUAAAUAGUACACGCGGCAGUCACCGAUUGAUUGAAAAUCAAUCGUUUUAUCGGAGGCCCAGUGUAGAUUCAAAGAAGAACUUGACCGAAGGAGAUAACUGCGGUGAAGGACUGACUGGAAUAUUCUACGCACCGCAAUGCAAGAUGGCAUCACUGCUCGGCAUGGAGCAACACACGGUAAUAUUUGCGUCUAUGGCAAUGGGGAGCUUUACAACGGAGGACACAGCACGACAGCACAGCAACGCCACACGACGACGACGACGACCUGCAAUUCUGGCAAACUGCCAUCGGCUUCCUCAUCACCGGUAAAGACGAACUCAACACUAACGCCGACGACUUCACCGCAUCACUUCCAAAGUAUAAGUUCCAAUAAUGCCGGCUGUAACGGUGAAUUUAAGCUUUGUGGCUACGAGAGCACUGAAGAGCCUAGCGCUGCGCACGGAAAUCUUAUGUCCAACAGUGGAGCAACACCGGCAGAACUGUUUGGAGCACUCGGAUUUUGGUUAAAAUUGAGGCAUGAUUUGUCCUGUGUACGGAUGAAAAACGCACGUGCUGCACCCGGUUGUGCCUACAUUCCCACCGAGAUUGAACACAUUGCCAAUGUCGUGACACACGGUGCUUGGGUGCUCCCAUCGAUGUAUGCUGGAGUUAACUUACUUUGGCGCAGCAACAGUGGUGCCCAAAUACUGGCGGCAAUCAUUUAUGGUGUUGCACUGGCAAUGCUUUUCUUCGUGUCUACAUUCUUCCACUGCGUUUUCUACUGCAACCGGAACCGGCCGUUAAAAGAUGUUCUUCACCGGUGCGACAGAGCUAUGAUCUAUAUUUUCAUAGCAGGCUCGUACUAUCCGUGGCUGAGCUUAGGGCACACGUCUCACCCGGAGAUUGUCUCAGUGGUAAAAUGGUGCGUUUGGUUGAUGGCCAUUUUGGGUAUUAUUUACCAACAGAUGUUUCACGAGCGAUACAAGUGUCUGGAGACCUUGUUCUAUAUCGUUAUCGGGCUGGGUCCGUCGCUGGUGAUAAUCUUCUGGGGUCAUGAGUUCACCGGAAUGGCAGAACUGAAGUUUGGCGGACUGCUUUACAUCGUUGGAAUUGUAUUCUUCAAAUCAGACGGUAUCUUCCCCUUCGCACACGCGAUUUGGCAUUUAUUUGUAGUUUUUGCUGCCGGAGUGCACUACUUUGCUAUUCUAAAUCAUCUCUAUCCUGUAAUGGAGGAUAGCAAUACUUAGAGGAAAACAAUGAUAUUAUUUUUGAUCACCAAAAAAACCCAAACGAAAACGAGAAAGUCGAAAGUGUUAGGAAGGUUAGAAUAUUUUUUAAUUUUUUAUAAUCCUCCCGGAAAAAAAGCUUCUGAUCUCUGUUUCAAGAGAUAACGUUGGAUUCCGUUUUUUGAAUAUAAUUCAGUUAGUCAUUUUUUUAGUAUUGUAGCAUGUCGAAACACAUUUUGGGUGUUUUUAGAAACCCAUGCCAACAACCGACUAGGCAAUAGUAUUAGCGUUGCACCGAAUAAUAGGGCUGGAAAAAAGUUUUUUUGUGGAAAGUAUCAAAUUUUCAGUUUACAGAAUAAUGGUUUUACCUUGACCUUAUCAAGGGUAAUUCACUUCAAGUCAUGACUAAUUUGGUUUUUAAUUUUUCUCAUCUUAUCAUCAUGUUUCGUUGAAUAUUCGGCCACCUGUUAAGCCGAAUAUUCGGCCAAACAGACGGCCGAAUAUUCAACAGAACAUGAUGAUUAAAUAAGAAAAAUUUAAAACCAAAUUACUCUUGAAUUAAAGUGAAUUACCCUAGACAUGCUCGAGCUCAAAUCAUUAUUCGAUAAUCCGAAUUUUCGGUAAUUUUCAAAAAUAACUUUUUCCCAGCCCUAUUAUUCGGUACAUCUCUAAAUUGUAUAUUCACAAAAAACCUGUAAUGAAAAACAAGUCUGUUACCGCAAACCAUAGCUGCAAAACUCGGAUAAAUCACUUCCCGUGACUAAAGCCAAACAAAAAUAACGUUACUUUGUGAUAUUGUUUUUUUUUUCGUUAAGGUAAUUUGUGUUAGUCCGUAGUUAGAAUGAUUUAUGGAAAAAAACGUGCGUUUUCGCAAGAAAGCUACACUAAAGUCCAAAUUGUCAGGAAUUGAAAGUUUUCGAAUGAUACAGAACUUUUGCAGUUAUCCAUGACAGAGAAAAUACUCAUAUAAAUAAGCAUCAACUGAAUGCUAAAAAAGAUUAUAACGUUUGCCCUUCAAGCAAGGUAGAAAAUGCUCCUUUACAUAGAUACAAACACACACACACACUAAUGUAUCCGAAGCUACUGAUCACCUAGUGAUUAGAAAAUAGUGACAAGUUUGAGCAAAACAGCAACAAAAAACUCAAUUAUGAAACUGUACCACCAUAACUUUAUAUCGAAUACAUGCUCGUAGUCAAGUUCUGCAAAACAUUAUCGCUGAGAGAUACGUCAGAAACUUGACACGAGUAUGCAUGUGUAUGCUUUUAGAAAAUAUUUGGCGACUUUUUUUCGCUGGUAUGUGUGUCCCAAAGUGUUAAAAGUUUGGUUUACUUGGUUUUGCCUAUUUAGAUUUCAAUUUGGGAAUAUUAUAUUUCAAAAAGAAAUUGGAAAUGGAAAAACUGCGUUUUUACCAGCAGCAAGUAAGAUACACUUUUGUUAUGAGGGACAAUUCUCCGUGUGACACCACAUAAACCCAAACAGUAGAAAUCAAACCAACAGUAGUAAAUAUAGAAUCAGAGAAAUUAAUCAGUUACAAAUGAAUGGAAGUUUCUUGCAAGAUAAAUCAGUGUAGUUAAAUUUUUGAAUGCAACAA